AUGGGUUUCAAACAGUUUCUCACGAAUCAAUGGCGAUUAGUCAAUUCAAAUAAUUUGUUUAUCAACAGAUGUGCAAAUUCAGUUUUGGAAUCUCAUAACAUUGGAUAUGCUCAAAAAUCAGUGGUAAAUAAGUUACAAUUACCUUUGAAACCAAAGAAACCUAGUCCUCCAUUCUUUCAAUAUCUUAAAGAAAGAAGACAAGAAGUAAUUGAAAAACAUAAUUUAAAUUUUAAAGAUGCUGUUCGUUUUCUAAGUGAGUCAUGGAAGGACUUUGAUAGUAAUACUAAGAAAAAAAUGACUGACAUUUAUAACAAAGAACUUGAACAAUACAAAGACAGUAUUAAAGCUUUUAAUGAAAGCUUGACUGCCGACCAAAAAAAUGAGCUGUUUCGAGUCAAAUAUGAGCAGAUAGAACAAAGAACAAAACGCAAACUAAAAAAAGAAUUAAAAGAAUUAGGUAAACCUCGUAAACCUCUUACUGCAUAUUUGAAGUUUGUAACUGAAGAAAUAAAAAAUCAUGGAAAUGAGCCAGUUCAAAUGUAUAUGGUAACAGUUGCUAAUAAAUGGAAAGAAUUGGAUGAAAAUAGAAAAAUAAAAUAUAUUGAAUCAGCUGCUGUAGAUAAUGAUAACUAUAAAAAUGCACUUCUCAAGUGGGAAAAUGAUAUGAUCAAAGCAGGACGAUUGGAUUUAGUUAGAGCUCGUGCAUUAUCUACUGAUGAUACAGAUAAUUAA